GUCGGGGCCGAGCCUGGGGCCGGGGCCGGGGCCCGCCGACAAGUGCCAAGUUGGUGACCCGCCCCAGUCCGCGGGAGCGGGACCGGACCCUCUGCGGUGCGCUCCGCUCCGCUCCUGUCCGGUCCGAUCCUGGGCGGUCCUGGGCGGUGCGUCCAGUCCUGUGCGGUGCGGUCCCGGUCCUGUGCGGUCCUGAGCGGUGCGGUCCGGUCCUGUCCGAUCCUGGGCGGUCCUGGGCGGUGCGUCCAGUCCUGUGCGGUCCUGAGCGGUGCGGUCCUGUGCGGUGCGGUCCGGUCCUGCGCGGUCCUGAGCGGUGCGGUCCUGUCCGGUCCUGGGCGACGCGGUCCGGUCCUGCGCGGUCCUGUGCGGUCCGGCCCGGUCCCGUGCGGUCCUGUGCGGUCCGGCCCGGCCCGGCCCUGUGCGGUGCGGUCCGGUCCUACGCGGGGCGGUCCCGGUCCGGUCCUGCGUGUUCCGCGGGGGGUCGCCGGCGGGUGCGGGACCUCGGGGGCGGAGGCGGGAGCGGCUCUCUAUGGAGGGAGCCCAGGAUGGUGUGCACCAGGAAGACCAAAACUUUGGUGUCCACCUGCGUGAUCCUCAGCGGGAUGACCAACAUCGUCUGCCUGCUCUACGUGGGCUGGGUCACCAACUACCUGGCCAGCGUCCAGCUGCGGGGCCCCGGCCCCGGCCCCGGCCCCGGCCCCGGCCCCGGCCCCGGACAGCAGCCCCGGCCCGCCGCCCAGAGGGCCGACACCCUGAGGAUCGCUGACCGCCUCGACCGCUUGGAGAGGGUCAUCAACCAGCACAUCCAAGAGGCCCCGCCCAAGCCAGAGGAGACCGCGGCAGAAACGUUCACCGACUCAUCUCUCUUCGCCCACUGGGGCCAGGACCUGAGCCCGGAGAACAGGCGCAUGGCCCUGAAGCAGUUCCAGUACUACGGUUACAACGCUUACCUCAGCGACCGCCUGCCCCUGGAUCGGCCUCUGCCUGACCUGAGGCCCAGCGGGUGCCGAAAUCUCACAUUUCCCGAGACCCUCCCCGAAGUUAGCAUUGUGUUUAUUUUCGUCAACGAGGCUCUCUCGGUGAUUCUACGUUCCAUCCACUCCGCCAUCGACCGGACCCCCCCUCACCUGCUGAAGGAAAUCAUCCUCGUGGAUGACAACAGUAGCAACGAGGAGCUGAAGGAGAAGCUGAGGGAAUAUGUGGAUGAGGUGAACGGCCACAAGCCCGGCUUCAUCAAGGUCGUCCGCCACAACAAGCAGGAGGGGCUGAUCCGUUCCCGCGUCAGCGGCUGGAGAGUGGCCACCGCCCCCGUUGUCGCCCUCUUCGAUGCCCAUGUGGAGUUCAACGUAGGCUGGGCCGAGCCCGUGUUGUCCCGAAUAAAGGAGAACCGGAAAAGGAUCAUCUCUCCAUCCUUUGACAAUAUCAAAUACGACAACUUUGAAAUCGAGGAGUACCCGCUCUCGGCACAGGGGUUUGACUGGGAGUUAUGGUGUCGCUACCUGAACCCUCCCAAGCUGUGGUGGAAGCUGGAGAACUCCACCGCUCCCAUCAGGAGUCCCGCUCUCAUCGGCUGCUUCAUCGUGGACCGGCAAUACUUCCAGGAGAUCGGCCUGCUGGACGAGGGCAUGGAGGUCUAUGGCGGGGAGAAUGUGGAGCUCGGAAUCAGGGUGUGGCAGUGUGGCGGGAGCGUGGAGGUCCUGCCCUGCUCCCGGAUCGCCCACAUCGAACGAGCGCACAAGCCUUACACAGAAGACCUCACGGCCCAUGUCCGCCGGAAUGCCCUCAGGGUGGCCGAGGUCUGGAUGGAUGAGUUCAAGAGCCACGUUUACAUGGCCUGGAACAUUCCUCAGGAGGAUUCGGGAAUCGACAUUGGGGACAUUUCGGAGAGGAAGGCCCUCAGGAAAGCACUGCAAUGCAAGACCUUCCGGUGGUACCUCGUCAACGUGUACCCCGAAAUGAGGAUGUACUCGGACACCGUGGCCUAUGGGGUGCUGCAGAAUUCCCUGAAGAGUGAUUUGUGUCUUGAUCAGGGGCCAGACACGGAGAAUAUUCCGAUCAUGUAUAUCUGCCACGGAAUGACACCCCAGAACGUGUACUACACGAGCGGCCAGCAGAUCCACGUGGGCGUCCUGAGCCCCACGAUCGACGACGACGACAACAGGUGCCUGGUGGACGUGAACAGCCGGCCGCGGCUCAUCGAGUGCAGCUACGCCAAAGCCAAGAGGAUGAAGCUGCACUGGCAGUUUUCUCAGGGAGGCCCGAUCCAGAACCGGAAGUCCAAGCGUUGCCUGGAGCUCCAGGAGAACCCGGAGAAUGAGUUUGGUUUCCAGCUGGUGCUCCAGAAGUGCUCGGGGCAGCGCUGGUCGGUCACCAACGUGCUGAGCAGCUCGGCGGCCUGAAGGCGGCGGGCAUGGGCGGCUGCGGGCCUGGCUACCGUGUAGCUGGCGGGCGGAGCAGGGGCCCGUGGAACUGGACCAUUCUCACCAUUAGGGGAAGGGCGGGGGCGGGCCCAGGCCCGAAUCGAGUUUUUCUUUCCGCUUCGAUUUCCAUGGAGUUUGUAGAUGGGCGCUGCCCGCCAGGUGAUGGGGUAAUAGCCUAAAAUAUUUUGCAAUGUACAUAAGGAACGGACGGAAGCUAUUUAUAACUGACAAUAAAUUCUAUUGAUUUAA